CUGCAGGAAGUCCUUAUCAAGUGUCCUAGGACGCCGAAAGCUGCACAGGAGACAUACGCCGUCAAAGUGGACAUCCCAGACGUCCCAGAGGGAGGCUUCAGCUUUAGGGUGUUAUGGAAGUUCACUGGACCUGGUCUACUCAUGAGUAUUGCUUACCUUGAUCCGGGAAACAUCGAAAGUGAUCUGCAGUCGGGAGCUGUCGCACAAUUCAAACUCAUAUGGGUACUUCUACUUGCUCACGUGCUCGGCCUACUUCUUCAAAGACUUGCAGCUCGUCUUGGUGUUGUAUCGGGAAAGCAUAUGGCAGAGAUUGCUCACUCCUACUAUCCAAAAUGGCCUCGACUGGCCCUAUGGAUUAUGGUGGAAAUAGCCAUCAUUGGAUCUGAUAUGCAAGAAGUCAUUGGAACGGCUAUUUCGCUUUACUUGCUCUCCGACGGAUAUAUCCCACUGUGGGCAGGAGUGCUGAUAACAAUUUGUGACACUUUCACCUUUCUAUUCCUUGAAAGAUAUGGUGUGAGAAAAUUCGAAGCGUUCUUUGCAUUUCUUAUCGCCUGUAUGGCAGUAACAUUUGGAUUUGAAUUUGUCGAAAGCAAGCCAGAUGCGGGUGAGCUGUUCACAGGCAUGGUGCUACCUUGGUGCAGCGGCUGUGGCACACCUCAGUUCUUACAAGGUGUUGCCGUUGUUGGAGCUGUUAUAAUGCCACACAACCUUUACCUGCACUCAGCUCUAGUCAAGAGUCGAGCGAUAGACCGAACACGGGAGUCGAAAGUGAAGGAGGCCAAUAAGUACUACUUCAUCGAGUCAUUUUUCGCAUUAUUCUGCUCCUUCUGGAUCAAUGUGCUUGUAGUGGCCGUGUUCGGACAAGGGCUUUAUGGCAAGACGAAUAAACACAGCUGUGACACGAUCAACAAUCACAUGCCGGACUUCUACAAAGUAGUGUACGAGAAUAACACCGAUCCCGCUGACAUCGACAUCUUCCAUGCAGGCAUUUUUCUCGGGUGCACAUUUGGGGUAGCAGCUCUGUACGUAUGGGCAAUAGGAAUUCUGGCAGCUGGACAGUCGUCAACGAUGACUGGUACCUAUGCCGGACAGUUUGCCAUGGAGGGUUUCAUACAAAUCAAAUUACCUCAAUGGAAACGGAUUCUUGUGACGAGAUCUCUAGCCAUUGCGCCCACCCUGUUGUUAACGAUAUUCAGUGGAGGUAUAAUGCAUAUGACAGGCUUAAAUGAUUUUCUGAACAGUGUACAGAUGAUUCAAUUACCAUUCGCUCUGAUACCUGUAUUGACAUUUGUUUCCGACAAACGAGUGAUGUUCAAUUUCAAAACUUCAAGGUAUUCAAUUUUGACGACUUCGUUGAUCAUUUUGGGGAUAAACUUCUUCUUUUUAUACGAAUGGGUAGGCGCUACCUUCGGCCUGACCCCUGCGUCGAUCUCGAUAACCGCUUUCUUAUCACUCAUUUAUGCGCUGACGAUAAUUUAUUUGUCCUACUACUGCUUGGUUGCAAUGGGGAUCAUCCGGCGACUCCAAUGGGUACGUUCUUUAUAG